CUGCAAGGCACCCUGGGAAAUCAGGCUAUCGUAAACAUGGCGGCCGCGGUUGGCAGACUUCUGUCCUUCACUAAAAACGCUAAGGUGCUUGUUUCACCUUUGAGACUGUCCGCUGUACCUGCUCACCGUUACAGCUUAGAGGUUUCCACCACUGGCGAGGCCAUCACUCACACCGGACAGGUGUAUGAUGAGAAGGAUCCCCGGAGAGUCAGGUUCGUUGGCAGACAGAAAGAGGUGAAUAAGAACUUUGCCAUCAAAUUGGUGGCAGAGGAGCCAGUAACUGACGUUGAAGACAGAGUUGUGUCCUGUGAUGGAGGCGGAGGAGCUCUGGGACAUCCCAAAGUCUAUAUCAACCUUGAUAAAGACACCAAAGUGGGCACAUGUGGAUACUGUGGACUACAGUUCAAGCAGAAGCAUCAUCACUGAGGCGUUCCCUCUGUCUUUGCUUCUCUGUAUAAAUUCUCUUAUUGAUUAAUAAAUUAUAUCUUGCCUGUC